ACAACUUCAAACGAAUGCUCUCCUUCAUGAAGAACUUCCUUUCCACGGCAAGCAUAGAUGAUGGUAAAGUCCGUGUUGGUGUGGCCAUCUUUAACGGAAAGGCAACAAUCCAGUUUCACCUGAAUAAAUUUAAAACAAAGAAAGCUUUAUUCCGGGCUAUAGACAAAAUUAAAUACAAAGAGGACGUACCAACACAUUUGCUGGUCUCAGAUUACUGCGAACUCAAAUGUUUAAACGGAAAAGAGGUGAUCGUCGAGGUGCCAAGAAUGUAGCUUUGGUCAUGACGGAUGGUUUGUCCAAUGUGAAGUCCAAGCGGACGAUUCCAGAAGCAAAGGCUGUGAGAAGGGCGGGCAUCCAUAUCUUUGCCAUUGGGAUCGGAUUGAAGAAAACAGCUGAGUUAGAUGGAAUAGCUAGUAGGCCCGCUGCAGAGAAUCGAUUUACCGUGAAGAACUUCAAACAGUUAAGAGGUCUUAAAGACAAAGUAUUCACCUCAGUCUGCCACUUUGUCACAUCCCCAGGACCAGGACCAUCGCCACCAAAAGGUUGUUCAGGGAGAAAACUGGAUCUGGUCUUUCUGCUGGACUCCUCUGGCAGUGUCAAAAGCACAACUUCAAACGAAUGCUCUCCUUCAUGAAGAACUUCCUUUCCACGGCAAGCAUAGAUGAUGGUAAAGUCCGUGUUGGUGUGGCCAUCUUUAACG